AUGAACAAGAGACGGUAUUUUGAUGAGAUGUGUAAAGUAAGAGAACAGGUGUCCUACAUCAUUACAAUAGAAGAGAGGUCAUACACUCUUCACCUGAAGCAACAAAUUGUGAAUCAAGAAACAAGGGUGGAAAAGUCUUUGCAGCAUGUUGAAAUAAGUGUGUGCGCGCUUUUCAUUUUCAGGAGUGUAUGCUACUUGUUUUGGAAUUCAAACUUUUUUCUUUUUAAUAGAGUAUUUUUACCCAGUACUUUCAGGGUGUAUACUUACAGCCGAGAUGGGGCUGUUCAAUCUGAUUUCCCACAUAUUAAGCGUGAUUGUUUCUACAAAGGCUAUGUUGCAGGUUUUCCAGAUUCAGCGGUGACACUCAGCACCUGUUCUGGACUUAGAGGGAUACUGCAGUUAAAGAAUGUCAGCUAUGGAAUUGAGCCUUUGGACUCCACACCUGGAUUUCAGCAUCUAGUUUAUCAGAUAUGGAAUGAAAACACAGAGAGCCUGCUUUUUGUAGAAAACGAUUCUGUUAUAUGGAGUGAAGGGAUGGCACGCAAGCUGGAUACAGGAAUAAAAUCACAACAGAGUUUCAUCAGACACUCCAGAUAUCUAGAAAUGUAUGUUAUUUUGGACAAGGCUCUGUAUGACUAUAUGGGUUCAGAGAAGGAUGUUGUAACAGACAAAAUAGUCCAGCUCAUUGGCUUUGUCAACAGCAUGUUUACACAUCUUAAUAUGACAAUUGUGUUGUCGUCUUUGGAGUUCUGGGAAGGUAGUAACAAAAUUCCUACAACAGGGGAAGCUGAUGAAUUAUUGCAAAGGUUUUUACAGUGGAAAAAUAUCCAUCUUACUCUACGGCCACAUGACAUAGCAUAUUUAUUUGUUUACAGGGACCAACCAAAUUAUGUAGGGGCAUCUUUUGCAGGAAACCUGUGUCUGAGAAACUAUUCUGGAGGGGUUGCUUUGUAUCAGAGGGCUGUAACGCUGGAGACAUUUUCAGUCAUCAUUGCGCAGCUGCUGGGGCUAAGUCUGGGAAUAGCAUAUGACGAUUCCAGAGACUGUCAGUGCCCAGGAGUCACCUGCAUCAUGCACACCGCAGCAGUACAUUCCAGUGGGACAAAGGCCUUUAGCAACUGCAGUAUAGGAGACUUUCAAAGUUUCAUUGCAAAUGGAGAAGGCGAAUGCCUUUUGAACAAGCCAUAUUUGAAUGUAUCCUAUAAGGCUCCUGUCUGUGGCAACAAAAUAGUGGAGGAAGGAGAGGACUGUGACUGUGGCUCGAAAAAGCUUCAAAAAGUGGCUCCCUCGCAUGCUAUGAAGAAAUUAAUGGUCAAAAGGACAGGAUGGGACACUGUGGCGUCACAAAUGGGGUUUACCAGACUUGCGAAUGGAAUGAUCUCCAAUGUGGGAAGUUAGUUUGUCAGUAUCCGAGCACUAGGCCGUUCAUUAAGGAAAAGGCUGCUGUCAUUUAUGCCAGGGUGCAGAAUACCUUAUGUGUAACUUUAGAUUAUAUGAAGGGGCCUCAAGUGAAGGAUCCAAUGUUGGUGAAAGAUGGCACUACCUGUGGUAAGCAAAAGAUUUGUAUGAACCAGAAAUGUGUAGAUGCGGCUGUCCUGAAAUAUAACUGUGACGUAAAGAAAAAAUGCAAUGACCAUGGAGUGUGCAACAACAGAGGAAACUGUCACUGUAAACCUGGCUGGCUGCCACCCAAUUGCAAAAUUCCAUCCAAAGGAUUUGGAGGGAGCAUUGACAGUGGUUUCAGAAGUGAUGCAGUCAUUGACAGAUUU